UAAAAUUUGUUGCUGUACAGAUAGCUUAGCUUGCAGUCUUAUUUACCUAGCAAAGAUUCUCAUUGAGAAGAUACUGCGAGUCCAACCAAAUGUGAAGAAGCUCUACUUACUAAUUAGAGCUCCAGAUUUAGAUUCAGCUAAAGAACAUUUUAACAACGAGGUUGUAAAGACGGAUCUGUUUGUCGUUCUAAGGGAGAAGUUGGGUGCCAACCUACAUGCCCUUCUAGAAGACAAGAUUUUUCCAGUUGCUGGUGAUAUAGCUUGUGAUAGUUUGGGGAUAAAUUCUGAUAUGAAAGAUGAGAUGUGCAAAGAAAUAGACAUAAUUGUAAACUCAGCUGCUACAACUAGUUUUGAUGAAAGAUAUGAUACUGCAAUAAGGAUCAAUGCAUUUGGUACCUUGAAUAUUCUCAAAUUUUCCAAGCAGUGUUCAAAAUUAAAGAUGCUUCUCCACGUAAGCACAGCAUAUGUUUGUGGGGUAAAGGAAGGAUUGAUAGAAGAGAAACCAUUGCAUUACGGUGAGACGCUUAAUGGAGGCUCUCACUUAGACAUAGACGCAGAGCAAAAGUUGGUAGAGGAGAAACUAGAGGACCUUAAAGCUAGGAAUGCCACUGAAAAAGAAGUAACCUUAGCUAUGAGAGUUCUAGGUAUCGAGAGGGCAAAGAUACAUGGAUGGCCAAACACAUACACGUUCACAAAAGCAAUGGGAGAGAUGCUUUUAGGACACUUGAAGGAGGAUCUCCAACUCAUAAUCCUACGGCCAACUAUAUAUUGGUCACGGGUUCAAACGGUGGAAACAACCUCUUGCAGAAAUGUAGGAACCACGGACACCUUCAUUAUUGGCUAUGGUAAAGGAAAACAGAAUGUUAUCAUGGGUGAUAAAGAAUCGAUAAUGGAUGUGAUUCCAGCUGAUAUGGUAGUGAAUUCAAUCAUUGCGGCUAUGGUAGCACAUAGACAUCGCUCUUCCCAUAUAACUGUUUACCAUAUUAGCUCCUCUAGGAGGAAUCAACUAAAUAUUGGUGAUAUUAUACAAUUUUCUGUUGAUCACUUCAAGAAUAAUCCGUGGAUUAGCAAAAGAGGGAAGCCGGUCAAAGUAAAGAAAUUUCAUACACUGGAUAGCAUGGCUAGCCUUCACAAAUAUAUAGCAAUCCACUACAAGCCAUCGUUAAAGAUAUUAAAGUGUGCAAACUUGAUACUUUGCCAACAUUUGCAAGCCUUUUGUUCAAACUUAGAAAGGAGAAUCAAUCGCGCUAUUCGACUAGCUGAACUCUACAAGCCCUACCUGUUCUUCAAAGGAGUUUUCAAUGAUACCAACGCUGAAAUGUUGCUUAUGGUAACAAGAGAAAGUAAUGCAGAUGAUACGUUCAAUUUUGAUCCAACAAUUAUUCAGUGGGAAAAAUACUUCAAGGAAAUUCAUAUUCCCGGACUAGUGAAGUACAUUUUCUAAGAAGGAAGAAUUAUGCGAAUAAAGGAGGCUGAUAUGCCACUCUGCUUAAAGCUGUGUUGCUGCUUAAUUAAAUUCCAUUUUGUAGUUUUUUAAGUAACUACGUUAGUUCAAGAAAAUAUUGGCAGUAUUGAUUCUGAAUAAAGGAGGCUGAUAUGCUACUCUGCUUACUUUAGAAAGCUGUGUUUGCGCUGCUUAAAUCCCAUUAUGUAAUUUUGUCAGUGACUACGUCAGUUCAAGAAAAUAUUGGCAUUAUUAUAUGUAAAGAAAUUGAAGGACUACUUUUGCUA